AAUAACACAGCGUAGAGUUAAACUUCAACGUGGACUUUCGAACGAGCGGCGGGAAUUGCCCCAGGAAUUGCUCAACAAAAUUGUAACAGCUGAUUGUGGAUACUUGAACUAUUACAGCAGUAUUCUUCUAUGAGAAGUGAUUUCCAACCGAAAGUGUCACCCAUUUUCGGGCCUAUUCGUGGCCUCUUCUAUACUCUGCUUUCGAAUUUGGUCGCAAGAAUUUUUCCCAGCUAGCAGACGACACUAGCUGUCACAACAAACGACAUGACAAACGCCGUGGACAGGAUUUUGAGCCCGCUGCAAAUUCGCAACAAGCUUGCGAAGGAGAUCCUAGCCGAGGCAAUCGGUACCUUCAUUUUAAUUGUAUUUGGUGAUGCAUCGGUAGCACAGUCUGUUCUGAGUAGCGAGGCUAAUGGCGGCUUUCUCUCAAUCAAUUGGGGAUGGGGAAUCGCCGUCACACUCGCCGUUUAUUUCGCAUCUGGUGUAUCAGGUGCCCACAUAAACCCAGCAGUGACCUUGGCCUUUGCCUGCUUGGGACGGUUUCCUUGGAAGAAGGUCCCGUUUUACAUCUUGGCUCAGAUGGUCGGUGCCUUUGUCGCAGCUGCCUGUGUGUUCGGAGUGUAUUCAGAUGCUAUCAAUGCCUUUGACGGAGGAACUCGAGCAGUACUCGGCGAAAACGGGACAGCUGGUAUUUUUGCAACCUAUCCGAAGGACUUCCUUUCAAUCUGGAGUGGACUUGGCGAUCAGAUACUAGGCACUGCUCUUUUGAUGUCCUGCAUAUUGGCUAUCACGGACAAGAGAAACAACUCGCCUCCUAACGGGAUGGAACCCCUUCUCAUUGGUCUCGUUGUGUUCAAUAUUGGUAUUUGCUUCGGGUUCAACUGCGGCUACGCCAUUAACCCAGCCAGGGACCUGGGCCCUAGGUUAUUCACCGCCUGCGCAGGUUAUGGUCAAGAUGUAUGGACUCCCAAUGGUAUGCAUUGGUGGUGGGUGCCCAUAGUAGGACCCUGUGUGGGCGCCAUCUUGGGUGGAUACCUCUACGUGUUCACUGUCGAGCUUCAUCACGACACAGAAACAGCAUCGGCGAGAGACGAAGAUGGAGGAGGAGACUACCGGAUGGCUGAUUUAACGGGAAAAGGCGAAGACAACCCAGCUAUUCAGAACCACGGCGAAGCAUGAGUGAACGGAUACAUGGACAGCGCCAUCUCUCGUCAACACCGCGUUCAACACGAUGUGAUAUCAAACUUCUGAAGCUGCAACAAUCUGUGGUUAUUGCCUGUGUGACCGAGCCGACAUCUUUGGAGUAUUAACAAUGGUCUCAGAUGUGCAGCAUUUUUUUUCAAUCAGAAAUGGGGUAUCAAUAUGUUGGUUUGUUGUUUGCUCUUUAUAUUAACGUUUCUUCUUUUUUUCUCUCUCAGAUAACUAUUAAAAACAACUUCUCACUUUCUCUUCUUUCAUUUCUCUCACUUUCUCUCUCUUCCCAUCCCUUUCCAUUCUCCCUUCCUCCUCUUUCAUACUUUCUAGUAACUUGUUUAGAACAUGCGCCCAUCUUGUCAUGCAAAUCAAGAAAAGCAGGAUCUUGAUAAUUGAUUAAAAGGAAAGAACAUUCUGAUCGUACUGUACUGCAAUCUCAGGAUUUUGAUAUCUGGAUUAUAUUAUAAUGGAGAUCUUGAAACUUCUUUCACGAUAUUAGAGUUAUGCGGAAAACAUGGUAUUGAUGUUGAUUUAGAGAGAAUAAACAGAUUCUGUUUUAUUUUGUUUAUUAUAUUCUUUUCAUCAUGUAACGAUAUUCGAAUAAUUAUUAUUAAUGACUUGCUUUGUUUCCAGUCCUAAACAAUGUAUAUUUACACUUUAAGAGGAAAAUGGUUAAUCAUGUUACACAGCAAAAACUGUGGUGUUAACCAAUGUACAUAGAGGACCACACCAGUUAUUUUACACCGGUGUU